GACUGCACUUCCUGGAUUUUAGUGAGGCAUUGCACGCACCCAUGUCCCAUCGACGCGGCGGUGUUCUUGUGUGUGUUAUCUACUGAAGAAGCCUGUCCAUAUUAUCUAAUAUUCGCUCAUAUUUAUUACAUGCUGGGCCAAUUUAACGCUCGAGAAAGAGAAGAGACAUACAUCCUUUGAUUUGCCUCUACGGGAGACGGUUCGGGACAGAAGCGUUCUGGUCCGAUUCAAACAGGUGGGACACGAAUCAGGUGGAGUUGGGAGGAGGGUAUCACGACAGUCCAGGCUAUCUAUUUUUAUAGCGGUCCUGUGCUCAAAAGGUACUUUUAUUUUUCUAGCUUUAUCGUAAAAUAUGCUACGUUCGUUUUGUGUGUGCUACUCCGGGACAGUAAAACUGUGAUAUUCAAAAGGUGAAUAUAGCUUCGAGACCUCUAACACAGGUGGGAGAUACCCGUUUCGUAGGACGGCCCCUCUUUCAGUUGCUCAGUGCAGGAUAUGAGCCGCUGACAUUUGUCAUUACCCUUUGGGACAGGAGGCGAACGGUUUCUGCUAACAGGUGUGAGAGCACACCAAUCGUCAUUGUCUAAAACGGAAUCCUUCCUCAUUGUUCGCAGAAAUAUCACUCGGUCUCAUAUUCUGCUCCCUUUUGACCAGGAGAUGGACAUUUGACGUUUUAUUAAAACAAAACCGAAUAAAAUAGUAAUAUUACUGUUUGGAGUUAUUUGUUAGACCCCGUCCUCCUAUUUAAAGGGACACGGGACAACAGAAAGAAAACAUGUCUACGAAAAAAAGCGUGGAUUUGCCCAAAAUGAGCAGAAGCCCGGUGAUGUUGGAAGGAGAGAUGUUCGUCGAAUUUCAGGACUGGUGUCUCCGUACUUACGGGGACUCGGGUAAAACAAAGACAGUCACCCGGCGAAAAUACAAUAAGAUUCUCCAGACCCUUUUACACACCGAUGAUUCGGACGCCGUCUACAUAGAGAGCAACCACAUCAACGCCAAAUUUAAAUUCUGGGUGAAGUCCAAAGGGUUCCAGGUCGGGACCAUUCAAGGGGACCUUAACAAGAAUGGAUCUGCUGACAGACCUGUCCUGUACGUCCCCAUCAAAGCGACGUGUGUGGACGGCGGCUCUGGGCCAGACUCCUCUCUGAAAAGGGUUGCAGUGGUGGAAGACUUCUUUGACAUCAUCUAUGCCAUGCACGUAGAGAUCAGUGCGGACCCCGGAAAAGCACCCAAACACGCUGGGCAGAAGAAGACCUACAAAGCGAUUGCGGAGACGUAUGCCUUCUUGCCCAGGGAGGCAGUGACCCGUUUCCUAAUGAGCUGUGGCGAGUGUCAGAAGAGGAUGCACAUCAGCCCUGGUGGCGCAGAGUUCAAAGAGAAUGACAAACCGACAUCACUGGUGCCAGAUCUUAUUGACUACAACAUGCCGCUGACCACCACCUAUCUGAAGCAGAUGAAACUUCAGUGCAUGAGUACGAAUGAGCAGGAUGAGAGUUCAGUGAGCAGUGAGGACUUUGAUAUGAGCGACCCCACAUGGAUAGCUGAUCACGGCCCUGCUUCCGACCUGAGUCCCCCGAACCGCGGAGAGAGAAUGCACAGCCCGCAGAAUGCACACAUCAAGGAGGAGGACGACGACUCGUCCUCAGAGAGCGGCAGCGGGAACGGCAUGCACACCAUGACCCCUCCGUCCGCGGGCGGUGUGGCCCCAGUGUUGGAGGGGGCCAUAGGGGGACCCCCCUACAGGGAGGCAGUAAACGGCAAUGCCCCCGCCCCGCUUGACUUCAGCACCACCUCAUCCUCCUCGUCUGAGGACCAGCAGGCACCGGUCAACCUGAGUGAGACCCGAUUGGCCGGGACACCCCUCAUAGGACCGUUCCAGCCCGAUCUCCCAGAAGAGCUGCGCAGGAAGUACACGGUGAAGCCCCUCCCCCACGCCGACAGAGACUCAAUCAGGGACUAUGGCAACAAGUCUCCUCAGUACAGCUCAGGAAGCUAUGACUCGUUGAAGAUGGAGACGUGUGCCGAGGACCUAACGGUGAGCAGAGCAGCAGACGACGAUGACGACGACCACGACGAUCACGACGACAGUGACAAGAUCAACGACGCUGAGGGCGUGGACCCUGAGAGACUAAAGGCCUUCAAUAUGUUUGUGCGUCUGUUUGUGGAUGAGAACCUGGACCGCAUGGUGCCCAUCUCCAAGCAGCCAAAGGAGAAGAUCCAGGCCAUCAUCGAGUCGUGCAGCCGUCAGUUCCCGGAGUUCCAGGAACGCGCUCGCAAGCGCAUCCGUACCUACCUCAAAUCCUGCCGCCGCAUGAAGAAGAACGGCAUGGAGACACGACCCACACCACCUCACCUCACGUCAGCCAUGGCUGAAAACAUCCUGGCAGCUGCCUGUGAGAGCGAGACACGCAAGGCUGCCAAGAGGAUGCGCUUGGAUGUCUACCAGGCUCAUGAGGAGCAGAUAGCACUUGACAAGCCCAGUUCACGCGAACCGGCCUCCCUGGCCCACUCUGCCUACUCCCUGGCCGCCUCGGCCUACUCCCAGGACCAGCUCUACAGCAACGGUGGGCUCAACUACAGUUACCGUGGUUACGGGGGCCUUGGAGCUAGCAUGCAACACCCAGUCUCCCUGACAACCGCCACUGCUCAGAGCAACGGCCCUACUGACCUCAGCAUGAAGUCCCUGGCGUCCAACUCUUCAUCGGCCAGCUCCAACAGUCACGGAAGGAACGGCGGAGGGGGCGGGGUCUCGGCACAGCUCAGUCCUACAGAGAUAACAGCCGUGCGGCAGCUCAUCGCGGGCUACCGCGAGUCGGCCGCCUUCCUGCUCCGCUCGGCCGACGAGCUGGAGAACCUGAUCCUGCAGCAGAACUGAGCCGGAAACUCCUACUCUCGCCUCCUCUCUCUGUCAGACUCUCCCACGUGACACCUAACAACCUACCGACCACUUUCCAACAUCCAUCAGUCUGUGAUACAUCCUUCGCCUGUUCUCCCCGUCUCCAGGAGAGAGGCUAGCCACAGUUCUGCCUUCAUCCAUUCUGCCCACACCACACCCCUUGACUGUUCUGACGUCAGUGUGCUGAGAGGCAGAGCACGGUCUGUGAGGAAGUCAGAUCAUCGGUUAUUCCUCUUUUGAUUCAUCUGUAAAAGAACAAGCUCUCCCAGUCAGAACAGCUCUGCCUCACUUCCACGGCUGUGUGGAGAAAAGUGGGAUGACAGGGAGAGAGAUGGAAACGAGUCCCCCCUGGUGAUUUGGGGAGGAGUGGAGGGGCUUGAGCACUGGGGAACACUGCAGGGCUGAGUUGAGGAGAGGGGAGGAGAGCGCCCCCUAGUACCAGGAAGCGAAGUGGAUCCCUUUUGUGUGCCAGGAAGCUGAGUGCGCUGCAGUAAACCACAUUCAUGACUCACCAAGCUUGCAAUCCAGAAAAACAAUGAAAACAUGACUUCUUGAUUAGUUGUAAAAAAAUAAAUAAUAACAAUAACAUUGUUGAUGGCGAAUAGUUUUGAUUUUUUUUUUUUAAACCCAUUGGUUAUUUAGGUUCUUUUGGCUCAGCUCCGAGCUACUGAAAAAGUGUUUUGACUGAUCUAAAAGAUAGCACUAACUAUAAAGAAGACACUUUGAACCACACUUUUGAUGAACAGAGGCUACGGAAAAACACUGGAAAGAAGGAGAGGCAACAGGUGGCGCUCGCUGUAAA